UUGCGUUCAGGUGGCUCGAUAAUAAGUACGCGUUGUACAGAAACCUACAAAGAAACAUCACGUUUAGAGUCUAUUUUUGGUAUUCCACUCUGGUAUUCAUCUUAUUCACCGCGAUCCGUUAUUCAGCAUCGUGCAAAUGCCCUAUCAUCGGGUGAAUGUUGGGCGUUCCGAGGCAAAGGUUAUCUGACAAUCAAGUUGUCAACACCGAUUCAUGUGACUGAAGUCAGUUAUGAGCAUUUGAGGCAUGAACUUCAUCCUGAUGGCGUGAUGCGAAGUGCACCGAAACAAUUCCAAAUAUGGGCAUUCCAAGCGUUGAAUGAUUUCGACUCAAAAGUUUUACUUGGCGAAUAUCAAUUUGAUCACAACGGAGACGCAUUGCAGUUCUUCAAAGUUGAACAUGAACCACCAAUCGUAACGCCAAUACUUGAACUGGUGGUACUGUCGAACUGGGGUGCUGAUUACACGUGCCUGUACAGGUUUCGAGUGCAUGGACAUAAACCCGGUAAAUCAUUUCGGGACUUGAAUGAGGAUGAUGCACUGUUGGUUGAUCAUAAAAUAUCAGAUGAAUUCGUUCGAGGGACACAACCAGGAAAUAAGCAAACGGCAGGUGGAUAA